GGGUGCGUUGCAAGUCGCUCAGCCGAUUUUCUAGCGCUUAAGUCACUUCUACAACGGUUCUAAGUGCUUGACAUCAAACAAUCAUGGCUGACUUUUCACCGUUGAACUUAAUGCUUAUAAACGAAAUAGCAGAAAGUGACGAUACUUCAAAUGUUCUUGUAGAAGAACUGAGUAAAAACAGAAGACUUUUGGAUAUCAUUGCCGUAAAGCAUAUUUUUAAGGAAACACACGCCUGUGUUGUUGAUUAUGCCUCCGAAAUUGUCCCAAAGUAUAGCGAAGGAGACUUUCGAAUGCAUUUCCGUAUGAGUCGCAGUACUCUAUCAGUGAGUUUGUCUCAAAAACUUCCAUAUUUAACGAUAAAAUCUGAAAAUCAAAAUAUUGACUUGGAUAAUCUUUAAAUGCAAACAGUCAUUGACAUUGUACAUUUCCAUCCUAGGUUCCCCAUUAAAUUUGCUCUUCGUUGAAUAGGGUCUACACUGGGUUAUCUCGCGCAAAUGCCAGAAUUGUGAACGUUAACUAAUUAACUUUCAUGAAUGAGUAAACAUCGACCAAUGAAAACGCGUGUUAUCGCCUUAACGGUAAUAACGUCACUGUAGUAAAAGUGACGUUAGCUCUGUUUACAUUGGCAACCAAAGUAUCGUUUUUUUUAUGAGACUUUAUUAUCCGAUUUCAACGCUAGAGCAAUACACUGGGGAACUAUUCCUACGUAGACUUUCUUUUAAUUUUUAACAUUGCGUUUCAUUUUCGUUAUUGCCGUUGAUUGUUACGCCCUUUUCUGGUGCAAUGACUAUUAUAUUUCAGAAACUCAUUGAUGAAAUUGGUCCUAUAUUGAGCGGCUGUAACAAGGUUAGCCUGGAAACAAAGAUCUUGUCAAGUGUGUGGGUAUUGUCCAACCAAGAAUCAUUUCGGGGUAUCGCAGAUCGAUUUGGAUUAGAAAAGGGACAACUGCAUAGGAUUUUUAUUGAAUUUUGUGAGAGUGUUUCUAGCAUAAAUGAGAAGUAUAUCACAUGGCCAAGUGCUCCACGUGCAGAAGUUAUAAUGAAAUCAUUUGAAGAGACAUCAUCAAUCCCAAAUGUUAUUGGAUGCAUUGAUGGUAGUUACAUCAACUUGUCUGGUCAAGCAACAGAAUGCAGAGCCAGUUACAUCAAUAGAAAGGGAAAUUCCUCUAUGCAGCUCCAGGCAGUGUGCGACCAUGAAAUGAAGUUCAUUGAUGUCUACACAGGUUGGCCUGGAUCAGUGCACGAUUCUAGAGUCUUCAAAGCAAGUCCUUUGUUCAAUUAUUUGGAACAAAAUGGUAUUGUAAAUGAUGGUCACAUCCUUGGUGACUCCGCAUACCCAUUACAAAAUUAUCUUUUGACUCCAUAUAGAGACAAUGGUCAUUUAAACAAUUAUCAAAAGAGAUACAAUUUUCUGCAAAGUUCUUGCAGAUCUGUGAUUGAGAGGACAUUUGCACUUCUGAAAGGAAAAUUUAGAAGAUUAAAAUAUCUAGACAUGCACAAAAUUGAAAAGGUGCCAGAUGUUAUAAUGGCUGCAUGUGUUCUCCACAAUUUUAUCCGUGAACAUGAAUCCUCAUGUGAAGUCGAGAGCGAUCCAGAAGAUUCUGAUAUGUCAUUUAAUGACCCAUGCAACUCUCAGGGACAGAAUGAAAAAAGUUGCACAAAGAGGGACAGAAUUGCAAAUUUGCUAUAGUUGUGUACUAUAUCAGUACACAGUCUGCACAUGUUCAUUUAAACAUUGUGUAUAUCUGUUAUGAAUUAUUAUGGGAAAAUGUAUGUGGUAAGUGUACAGUACCUGUACCUAUUUCUCAUUUCAUGCUUCUGAUUAUUAGUAAUAAUGACUGUCCAUAACUAUAAAUUCACAUCCUUGUCAGUUUGAAUUGCGAAUACAUAAUUUCAGGAAUGAGAUUGUUAAGUGUAUGAUAACUAUAAAAAUUGCAUAUUCACAAUAAAAUGUGUUACUAUUAAAUGAGGUAAAAAAAUCAAUUUGCAGCAUUGUGUUAUUGAAAAUAGUACAAUAAAUUCAUAACACUAAAGUAGAUGAAAUGGUCUAAAACACUGCAUUGGGAACAGAGAGUUUGUAAUUCGUCCAAUUUAAUCAAAUGGGAGUGGUUGGAGAAGCAUGCAUAUCAACUAGCCAAAAUAAUAAUAACAACUUCUCCUUGGAACAACAAUAUUUAAUAACAAUGAAAUAAAAUAUAAUAUAAAAAUAAAAAAUAUGAAAUUUUCAACAUAACCAUGAAAUGUCUAUUACAAUUGUUUUAUAACAUAUCUCCAUACCUUGGAAAAUAAAUAAAAAGAACAUACAUCAAAUUGCAAAGUUGUUGAGUGUUUUUUUUAUAUUGCAAAAUGUUAAUAUUGAUUGAUACAUAAGAUACUCAUAUUUUAUACAUAAGAAGCUGCAACCUGCAGUAUGGUCAGAUUUGCACAACAACCUUAUAAGCACCGAUGAUGUUGACCAAAUGAAUUAAACAUCCUAACCUUGCGUUAGAAGAUUAUAGAGUUGUUUUCUCCCUUAUAUAUCAUAUUAUGGCUGUACUGGGAAACAAAUUUGCGCCAUGUAAUUUUGACAUCAUAAUGGAAAUUAGAAUUACAUCAUCACAAUGACAUAGUGCCAAAUCAUCUCAAAAGCACUUCCUGUAGCCAUGAUAAACAAUGGAGAUAAUAACACUGUCAGGACUUGCACACCUGCAACAUUUGGUUACUGUAGGUCAGUAUCAUUAAGAAUAUACAGCAAUAACAUAUCCACAGUUGUCAGCUGACAGCCAUAGAAAUUAAACAUCAUGUAAAUAUAUUGACAAGAGAAGUUAUUUGUUAAGACUCAUAUUUUAUUUGACUAGAUAUAUUGCAUGUUUUUGAACAGAAGUGAACUUUCAAAACUGAAACAAAGUUCUGUUUAAAUCUAUAAUGCUAGAUUGGUCUAUCUCAUUCUUAAAAUCUUUGAUAUUUUAUUAUACAUUGUAAUAUCAUAUGGACGCAGAAAACUUAACAGGUGCCUCGCUACAUGUUUAUAAGAUAUUUAUUAAGGAUGAGUGUAAUAUCAGUUUAUAUCAAUCAAGUUAGGUAAUUUUCAAAACAAUGCACAAGCUUUAGCCAGUGUUUUUUCUCCCAAAGAAUUACCUAACAAGAUAUGAUAUAAACUGAUCCAAUUCAUUUAAUAUUAGAUUCAUCUCAAACCAAAACCAUCUUGCCUGCACAAUUUAAGUAUGCCUUUCCAACAGCAAUCAAAUUUUGUACACAAAAAAACUACUGUGACUCACAAAAAAGGUGAAGGUCAAUUGACAUACCAUGUGUGAUAUAUUUGCACACACAUUUAUACCACUGAGUGGCACUCCCAGCCAAAUAUCAAUAAAAACACAAUCACUCUAGUUGCAUAACCUAUAGCAGUUUUGAGAUAAAAAUACACAUCUAAAUUGAGGGCAGAGUAAAGGAAGUUCCACUGAACUUCUUUGAUUAUUGUAAGUAAUUGCAUUGCAAAAUAAAACUCAAUCAAAUUUUAUAAGUUCA